GCGGCGGCGGCGGCAGCAGCGACCCGAGCCCCGGCAGGACACCAGCGAGAUGUUUGCUGUCUGCCCUGCGGCGAAUGCCCCGUUCCGGCAGGGCCGGGGGGGCCCAGCGCUGGACACGGCCACCCCCGGGGCCGGGCAUGGACAGGAUUCCAACUCCAACUUCGUGGGAGAGGUGUGUGACAGCAACGAGAACUGGAGCCGGGCAGCGCCGGGCUCCGCGCCCGGGGAGAGCUCCAGGCGGAGCGAAAACACGGCAAAUCCAUCGGGUAAUCUGCUGUUAUUAACGCGGAGACAGAGGGCCCGGGACACCCCCCUGAGCCUGGGCGCCGCGCGGCCGCAGCCCCCCGAGCAGGGGGUGCGCAGCCCCCCCGAGGGAGCGGAGGUCGGUGGGGCCGGGGGGCAAAGCGCUGGCAGCGAGGAGGCAGCCGGGGGCUAUGGCAAGUGCCCGAGCUCCCCCGUGGAGGACAAUGGCUACGGCAGCAGCUCCCUCAGCAUCGACAGCCCCGACAGCGCCUGCGGCAGCACUUGGGACCCUCCUACCUCUGUCCCUGUCCCCAGGAGCCCACCGCAGGCAGGGGUGUCCGAGCCGGAGCAGGGGACCCUCUUCCCGGUGCUGGCAGCGGCCGUGCAGCACCUCCAGGACAAGGAGCGCUUCAAGGAGCGGGAGAAGGAGAAGCACCACAUCCAGCUGGUGAUGUACCGGCGCCUGGCCCUGCUGCGCUGGAUCCACGGCCUCCAGCAGAAGGUGGUGGACCAGCAGAACCGGUUGCAGGAGAGUUUCGACACCAUCCUGGAUAACCGCAAGGAGCUCAUCCGCUGCAUGCAGCACGGCCCCGCGUGCCCUGCCGGUGCCGCCGCCGCCAGCCCAUGAGGUGCCACUGGUGCCCUCCCGGCUGGUGGCAUCUCCGUGCUGCGUGCCAGUGCGGAGUGCUGCUGGGCACCAGGGCACCCACCUUGUCCUUCCCGUCUCUCUCCAGUGUAGCUGAGCAUCCUCAAACGUUCCCUCUGCAUGGGAAUCCAUUUCCUUCUGCUCCGUGUCCUGCUGGUCUGGGGACCGUGCGGCUUGGACCUCAGGACCUUGGGGUCUGCUGAGCCCAGCACGAUGAGGCUCAUCUUUUACAUCUCAUUUGUGGUCCCUUGUAUGAGCCCGGGACGUGUGCUGGGACAGGCCCUGCGGUGAGCCCCGUGCAGUGUCACCUCGAGGGCUUCAGGGCAGCAGAGCUUUUCAGUGUACCUGGGCAGAGAGCUCCGCAUGUGCUCGGCCACCAGCACAAGCUCACUUUGUCCCCUCAUCACACUCACACCAGCGUGCAUGUACAGAAACAGUGGUGUGGUGUGGGCAAGGCGUCCUGAGCUGCUCCUCCGGACUCGCCUGCGUGCACUGGUUAAUGAAGCACAUGAGAAAGCUUUGCAGAUGAGAUCUAAACUCCUGCAGAGAGAUGGAGAGGGAGAAAAAAACAACCUGGUUCUGAAAAGUGACCUCAGGAUGCUGGGUUCAAAUCGUGUUCUUUUGGUUUAAUUCAGUGUUAGGGAGGAGGGAAUGUCGAACUGUCCUUACAGGCAGUGUGUAGGUGCACAUCUCUGUCGUGGGAGAUGCUUUAACACGGUGCAUGGUCAGGAAGCUGCUUGCAAACUUGUGCUGUUGGUGUUUAUGUUAAUUUAUCAUUUGGAAGCAAAGAGAAUCCAUUUCUGCAUUUUACCCAGUGAGGACUGCGUACGGAAUACAGAGAGCUGGAGACUGCAGUGGAGGUGCUGUGUUUGCUGUGUUUAACUGUUAGUAGGACAUGCGUUCUGUUGAAGUUGCUGAAGUGGAUGGGGCGGCAGUGGGGUGGUUUCGCUGUAUGGAGGGGACCGUGCUGCUGCCUGUAGCCCCUGUGCAAAGCCAGGCACUGAUUUUGUUUCUCACCUGCAAAAGGAGGGCGAUGAGGAAGUGCUGAGGUCCCAGACCUCUUCCUGCCCUCGCAGUGGAGCUGAGGGGUGGCUGCAUCCUCACCGGGACAGGGUCCCGGCUUCCACCGGCCACGAGAUGCUGCUGCACCACAAAGAAACGGCCAUGGCCAGGCUGUGACCGGUAGGGCCAGGGCUGCACCGAGCCUUCUGCAUCCCACACCAGGGCAUGGCCAGGCUCUGCUGCUGCCCGAGCCUGUGGGUACAUUGAGAUCUGCAGAGCUCUGCUUCCAAAAGGACGUUGUGGUGGCAAGGGGUACCCUGGGCUCAAAGCAACCUGUGCUGGCCACUGCACCCGGUGCUGGGGACCAGAGGGAUCCGGCAGCAUCGCACCCGCACUGCUUUGCUACCACUGCUUGUUCAUAUCCAGUGCCUGCUGCCUGUGUUCUGUUAUCCCAAGCAUGUGUUCGUGGGCAUGUUGCACACCUUAAUAAAAGCCUCGGAGGUGAA